AGCCUCCAUAGUCCAAAGAAAGAUUCUUAUAUUGCCCCACAGUAGAUGUAGAAGUUAUUACCCAUACCCAUACCAUAGAGAUAGACACAGCGACAGUUACCCACCGUGUUGAUUUGAUGUAAGAAAGUAUGAUUCGAUUGAAGUUGCCAGAGGACCCAGACUGGUGAAUGACUCGGAAAUGAUAUUGAGCAUUUCCGGUCGCACACUUUUUUAGAGAGCCGCGAGAGCACACCUAACAAGCUUACCUGUCCUUUCGUCGCUACGCAUCACUCUGUAACUUUCAAGAAGUUUUAUUUCUGUUUGUAAUUAUAUGGUCGACGAUGUGAGGCCGACUUCGGAUGUUGGUCGGAAAUCCGAAGAUGCGACCGUCUCGGUGUUUUCAUUUUUCGCACUCGCUCACCUCGCCUCGUUUCGUUCUCUUCUGACGUAAAAAUUAUGUCAUACUUUUUGGUCGACGUGCUUCUGUUCAAAUUCACGUCCACGUGCUCUACUUGAGUAUCAACCGCAUUACAUAUCCUUUUCCACAAUGACAAACAACAAAGCGAUAGACUUGGACGUUGUCCUAACCGCUCCAAGUCGUAGUCGUGACACUGUAGAAAUAAAAGACAAAACUGCUAGUACGCCAGGAGAGGAGCAACUACAUAGUUGUGGCCAACAAGAACUUCUAUGUGGAGAUGAUGAUCUUGUCGAAAAGGAGGAUCUGACAAAGCAAAAAAAUGAAGCCAGUAAGAAACCUUCUUGCGGAAUAGAACAAGCGAGACGGUCCUCCAGUUCAAAAUCGGCGGCACAGCACCAACAGCCACUCGCCAGUGGGCCGCUGAAUGUCUUGCAGAGGGAGCUGAUCUUCACGACCAGCAAAGGCGCCACCUUGUCGGAAGACGAGUCGGACGCGGGAGAAGCGAUCGUAGGGAACGAAUUUUUCACUUCCGACCCGCAUAUACAGUUCCAGUCCGACAAGACGAGAAAGAAAGAGCUACUUGUUUAUCCAAGUAAAAAAAGUGGUGAAACGACAAGUAGUGCAGCUCUUCCUCUUUCAAGAACACCAGAUUCUGUUGCAAGGCAGCAACAUCGCACGACUUCUACCCCGUCCUCCUCCGUAUCGUCCCGCCUUGGUCCGCGUUUACCGCACCACCAGUUUUCCUCCGUCUUCUCUGCCGCGCACGGAGGGAGCGUCUUUCCAACGGAGGACGAGAGUGUAGUUUUCAGCGACGAUCAACAGAGAAGAGGGCGAGGAGCAGAAGUAGAUCAUACAGCGGCCGAUCUCUUGUUCUCUCCCGACACCACCUCCCCGUCAGGUGGUGCAUCCUCCAAUUGGGUCGACCUUUCUCGAGAUGUGAGCAGCAACUACACAGCGCAAGGAUUGGACGAGCAGGACGAGGUCUCGACUUGCACCAGUACCCAGAUCGGACUCGGCCGCACUCGAGAACAUCCUGAACGGACAAGAAUAAAUCCUGAAGAACUAGAUUUAUUGCAUCAGCGGAACGAUUCCCAACGACCUGCUAGCACCACCGGCGCGUCUUCAAGAAAGAAUAGAAAUUCAUCAUUCGUCUCUACUAGUACUUCCAAACCAUCUACAAGUAGUGGUCCUCGGAGGACUGCUUCGCCUACCCAACCCGUCCACCCACAACUACCCACCACCUCGCCCCUACCACCCAACCCGUUUGAUAAUAGGAGCAGUGGCGUGGUGUUUGACGCGAAUUUUUCUUAUACCGACACCAACAACACCUCCACCCCUCCCCGUCCGCCAGAACAGGAGCAUAAUUCUAGUAGUGGCUCAGCCUCGACUAGUCUCUACGCCAAGCUCGAGCAACUGGAGCAGUACUGCCGCGACCUGCUCGCCAUAUCAAAUGCAAAUAUGUCUCGGCCUGGAAGGUUGGAGCUUGUGAUGCUAACCCUGGACUCUAAAAGAAUCUGUAUUGCAUGACCAGCAAGACGAGUCUACUUUGUGCUACGCGGGGAGGGCAUUCGUCAUGCGGCUUAGGCAUCAGGAAGCCCUCUUCUAAAAAUCUGUGAUGCUAGGUCGUGCAUUACAGACAUCCUGGGUCAUGCAAAAUAUGCAUAACAAACCCGGCAACAUUCCAGACCGCGACACUUUUGCAAUUCAUACGCCAGCAUGACGAACCCUACCGACAUGAUGAACAACCCUGCGGCGCAAAUAUGCUGAGUAAAAACGUCCCCGCGCCAUAGUUGUCAUGCACUUCUGCAUGCCAAAAACGUUUCUCAUGCGGACCCCUCAGAGAAGCAUUCUCUGUUCGUGUUUUGGAAUCUGUGAUGCUAGAAUCACGAUGCUAUGCUAGAUCUGUGAUGCUUCUGAACUAGUCAAACAGGAUGACACUACGAGGACAAACUUGUCAUGCCAAACAACCAAAGCUGGUUGAUUUGUCUAGCAGAUUUCCCCUCUUGUUGACUCUGGUGUGGGGACGUUUUUAAUCAGGAUAGCAAAACAGUACUUCCGCGCUCGCGCAACCGACGCAGCAGGAGCAGGCGCAGUUUCUCGCGUUAACCGCGAACCACUCUGUGGACUUGAUCGUCACGAAAAUUCGCUCGAUCUUGCAGAACUCCGCCACAAUACGACAGGCGCUGUACUACCGGUUGUUGCGGAUAACGCAGUACCUGGCGUGGAAGUUAUGCAUUGCAAAAGUAUAAUCGCGCUAGUAGUAAUUGCAUUACAAAUUACCUCAGCAUGACAAAUGGAAUUCGUCAUGCUGUUUUACAUUGGGAUGGAGAUCUGUAAUGCAUAAAUGCAAUCACUACGAGUACGAUAUUUUUGCACAGGAUAGAAGUUCCCGACCUACAACGCGCUCCAGAACCUCCUCCACGAAGUCCUUCAGUCCAAAUCCAUCAUCGUAUGGGAGUGCACAACUCCCCCUUCCCCUCGUUUGUAUGGCAUGAACAGCAAUACAAACACAAACACAGGUGGAGCCAAUGCGUGAGAAAUUUGUGUGCCUAAUGUAGUACUGUUUGGGCAGUUUCCGGAAUUUGCCAUGCAUAAUAGUGACGCAAGGAAGCAACUGGAUUUGGGAUUUUGCAUGAGAAAUGAGAACGAGGGGGAGUUGUGCACUGUCAUACAUCGGCAAGCAAACCACGACGGUGUACAUGCUCGGGAAGAAGUUCCCGUCAACCGAUGACAAAACUUUCCGCGCGGAGUGGUGCCGGAAAUUUCUGUUCACUUACAGGAAGAACUUCCGGCCUUUACUGCAGAUGCCGAACGACAGCUCCACCGCGAACAUCACGUCCGACCAGGGCUGGGGCUGCUACAUCCGCACGUUCCAGAUGAUGCUGGCACAGUGCUACUCCCAGCUGUUUUUCCCCUCCGCGAGUGAUCUGGCCCUGCAGGAGCAGAUGGCGAGCGUGGAUCAACAUGGCAGCCGGCAGAAACAGAACACGGACCCGGAGGAGAGGGAGUUCGUGAAAGAGCUGUUCGUGGACAACGAAAAAGCGCUGUUUUCGGUGCACAACUUCUGUCGGGUGGGGUUGCAGAAAUUCAACCGAAAACCCGGAACCUGGUUCGGGCCCUUUUCCGCGGCAAAAACCAUCGAAGUGAUCUACGACGAGAUACAUUAUCAAAUGCAAAAAUCCCUGGAUGUCUGGAACAAAGCAACUUCUCAUGCUAAAUCUGGAUCAUGUAAAAAUCUGUGUUGCGUGAUCACCAAAAGCUGUCCACUUUUGACCUAAUAGAGAGGCAGUUUCUCAUGCAGGAUAGGCAUGGUAGAACUCUCACAGAAUCUGUCAUGCUGUGUCCUACGUACCAGACCUCACGGGCCAUGGAAAACCUGCGUGACAGGUCUGGCAUUCUUCGAGACCCAGACACUUUUGCAUUUGAUAUACAUCACGGCAGUACUAAGGGAGGUGCGUCCGGUUCCACGGCGUCGACGGCGUCAAGUAUCCUGAGUAAGAAUGUCCCCACACCAGAGUUGUCAUGCAAAUCUGCAUGCCAAAAAAGUUUCUCAUGCGGAGCCCCAUGGGAACAAUUCUCUAUUCCUGUUUUGGAAUUUGUAAUGCUAGAAUCAGCAUGAUAUGUUAGAUCUGUGAUGCUUCGGAACUAGCCAAACAGGACUACACUACGAGGAUAAACUUGCCAUGCGAAACAACCAGAGGUGGCUGAUUUGUCUAGCGGGUUUCCCAUCUUGACUCUGGGGUGGGGACGUUUUUGCUCAGGAUAUCAAGUUCCACUUCUUCGAAAGGCUCGAGCUCAUCUUCAAGUAGAAACACGACGUUCGCACAUCACUGCCGAGGUAUAGUGCUUUUUUUAUAAGAAUCUGGUACGUUGUUCUUGAGAGGUUAUGAGCAUUUUCUAUGUAUGCUUGAUGCCCUCGAAGUCGAAUCUGAGGAAGGACAAACAAGUGUUUGUCAUGCAAAAAACGAGUGACAGCUGUCUUUUGUGAUGCAAAAAGAACUAAAAUAAAAAAACAGUAUGCGUCUUCGACGAAUUGUUCGAUCCUGACGAGGUGAAAGGAAAACUCAGUGACAACAAAGCCGUCAUCUGCCUUCUCUGCAAAAAACUGGGGCCGAAUGCGAACAUAGCCCCGGAGUAUACGGAGGCCGUGAAGCAAGUCUUCAAACUCGCCACGUUUCAGGGGCUAGCAUGUAUAUGUGAUUUGAUUUGUUGUCAUCAUAAUUUCUUCGAAAGAAAAGCGAAGCUUGUCAUGCACAUGACAAAGCAUUCUGAUGCUCGUGACGUGCCCACAAUUGAUGGUACGAAUCCCGCAUGACUACAAUCAACCUGAACCUUAACAGGCGGCGACACAGCUACGUCAGCGCACUAUUUCCUGGCCGCAAGCGACACUUACGCUCUCUACCUCGACCCGCAUGUGGAAACAAGGGCCGCAUUGUAUCGUAAGAAAAAACGUCUCCACGACCCCGGAGUCAAGAUAGAUGGGGAUUUCGCUACACAGACCAGCAUCUUUUGGCUGUCGCGCAUUUGACAAGUUUGGAGGCAUCGCAGUGUAAUAAAUCGCGUUUAGAUGAUCAUACUGUAGCUGCAUCAGAAAUCGAUCUACUCUUCCUGAUUCUACUAGCACGACAAACUGGCAGACACCAUGAGAUAGAAAAUGCUCCUCAUGGGGCGAUGCAUGAGAAACGUCCCAGGCUUGGUGCAGAUUGGCAUGACAAAAGUUGGGUGGGGACGCUUCUUCUCAGGAUAGAUUGGACGGAGCAGAAAUGGACACGAGCAGCUGGCACGCGCUGAAAAGUAUAAAUAUAUACUUUUGAUGCUAUAAUUAAGUGUUUUGUUGUAGAAAGUCGCAAUAGAAACCAGUAAUCUCUUGCGUAUCCAAGCAUGGCAAAUUGAAUCAAAAAUAGUAAUGAAAACCGAGUGUACCAGCACAUAUGAAACCAUCUUCAUCUUCAGGUAAAGACGGCACGCCCUGUCUCUUUCGCCUGCCUUUCGAGUCUUUGAACUCUAGCAGUUGCUUCUGCUUCCUCAUCCGCGAUACCGAAGACCUCGCGCAGCUCUGCUUGGAAUUGGAAAUGUACGACUCACUCUCCGAAGCCUUUGAGGUGAAGCGCGGCGGGGUGUUCAUGGAAAAACUCACGGGGUCGCUGUAUCCUCAGGAAAUAAAACGUCCCCAGAGUCCAGAUGGGGAUUUUGCAACACAAGCCUAGAAGUUUUGUUGAGAGUGACGCAUGACAAGUUGCAGUGUGUAGUGUGGUGCGGGGUAGCACGGACAGCCGCACUAUAAACCCAGCUGCUCAUCCUGUUCAAUUAUACAGCAUUGCAAAAUUUUCCAAAUGACGACUGGAAAUGCCUAUCAUGGGCGACAUGCGGCGCAUCACAAAGUUUCUUGUCAUUGCAAAUCCGCACGACAGGUGGGGACGUUUUUACACAGGAUACGCUGGACAUCAAUCAAAAAUGGAACUGCGACGACGAAGACGAGGAGAUGGUUUUGCUGUGA